AUGAUUUCAUUACGUUAUGAUAAUGAGUCCAAAGUCACAGUUGAAGAUGCGAUUAGCUUUUCAGGGAAAGCGUAUACACUCAAAUAUCCAUGUUCCACAUCGGAUUGCACACCAUAUAUCAUUUGGCUCAAACCAGGCAUGUACCGUGUCGAACGAUGGGGUGCUUCCGGUGGCUUCCUUGACAACCGCGGUGCCCACGGCUCAUAUGUGAGUGGAAUUCUCCCCAUUUUCACUCCCGAGAUCUUUUAUCUUUAUCUUGGCCAGCAAGGCGAAUGGUCAGGUUCUUCCACCUAUAAUGGUGGCGGUGCAGGAACUAUUAACAUUACUAAUAAAAAUAACUACGUCUCUGGUGGUUCAGGCGGCGGAUCUAGUGAUCUCCGCCUCACCAAAGGUCAUUGGAAAGAUUUUAAUAGUCUGAAAUCUCGUAUCAUCGUUGCCGCUGGUGGUGCUGGUGAUGCAUACUAUAAUCAGAUCAUCCAGGGGGGCGCUGGUGGUGCCCUGAAAGGAAGUGACGGAAGCAUUCACUCUGAACCAAAUUAUGUAGCUGGCAUAUCCCUUUCCACUGGGGGAAACCAAACUUCAGGCGGCCUUAGAACAAAUACCACUGGACAAAAUGGUGGAUUUGGAUAUGGCGGCAAUUGCCUGAACAAGAACCAUGGAAGCGGUGGUGGAAGUGGCUACUACGGCGGUGGAAGUGGUUACUACGGCGGUGGAAGUGGUGGCUUCGUCGGUAGUCGAGUUACAAGUGGCUCUGGCGGUUCUUCGUAUGUUUCUGGAUACGAAGGAUGUCGUGCAAUCAAAAAGAGUUCAACCGUUGAUUCUAUAUCUCACGAAGACAAUUCUAUCCAUUACUUAGGAAUUGUAUUCUACUCUCCACUGAUCAAAGAUGGUAAGACUCCUAUCCCAUGUCCCGAUCCUAGUAGUUCUCCAACAUGCACAGAAACAGGCCACUAUGGACAUGGCUAUGCUCGCAUUACUAUCCUUGGACAAUACACUCCCAAGACUCUUCUACUUUGUAUUCCAUGGAUAUCUUACUCAUCAAUGGCAUUUUUCAUUCUGAUGUAUUCCGAAGAAAAAUAA